AUGGAAGAUAAUAUACACGAAUGGUGUCUUCUCGAAUACCUCAAUAUUGCCAAAUUUAUAUCACCAGAGUACUUUUAUAUAACAAAAUUAUCACCUGAGGCGAAAUCCCAGCUUUCACAAGAACCGACUCUAAAAGAAUGUCAUUUGCUAACUAAUGAUGUAAAUAGCAUGGGGAUUGAGACAGAACGAAUAUGUUUGUUGGAUCCGGCAUCUAAUGAUGUUUUGAUGACUGAUGAUGCUGAAAAGUUUGAGUAUUUUUUGUUUGGUGGAAUUUUGGGUGAUGAUCCUCCAAAAGAUCGAACAAGUGAGCUACGACAAUUCGGAUUCCCGACUCGACAUUUGGGGCCUUUACAAAUGACAACAGACACUGCGUUAAUAGUCACUAAAAAAAUUAUCGAAGAUUCUAUUGCACUUGAUCAAAUUCCGUUUAUUGAUUUUCCCGAGAUAAAGUUUGAUAGGACAGAGUCUGUGAUAAUGCCAUUUCGUUACAUUACAAUUCCUGAUAUGAAUGUUUCGACAUUACAAACCACCGACAAUCAGCUGAAGAGACAUGUUAAACCAUUAGUGCCUUCCGGAAUGAUUGAACUGCUAAAAAAAGAUGGAGAUAUGGUGCUAGAUAUGGAAACCGUUAUUAACAACCUUCCCGAACCUGGAGAAAUAUUAACUCACGACUUUCGUCCAAAAAUACGUUCUAACGAAGAAGACGAGUAUAAUAAUAUAUCCUCCAAUCCUACCAACAGGCCAAUAAAAUGUCUUCAAUGGAACGUAGAAAGAAACUAUCGUGCCUCGAAAAUAAUAAAAACUUUAAAAGAACUUGAUCCUGAUAUUGCACUUAUCCAAGAAAUAGAUAUUGGGUGUGCACGUUCCGAAAGACGCGACCAUUUUCGUGAAAUUGCUAGAGAGUUGAAGUGGAUGGGUGUCUAUGUAUGCGAGUUUUUCGAGAUUGAAAGUGAGCAAAGGAAAAAACGUGACCAGGGCGGUGGUGUACACGGGAAUGCAAUAUUUACUAAAUAUGAUAUUGUGUCGUUUCGUUUGAUUGAUCAUAAGUAUCAUCCGUUUAAUUGGGAACGUGAUGGUCAUAAAUUGGGUGAGCCGAGAAGAGGAAGGUUAGAUUUUUCAGCGGAAGUUAAAACACCAUUUGGCCCGCCAAUUUUGUGCUAUUGUGUUCAUUUAGAGGUUUUCUGUGGUAUUACAGGACGUAUCGCACAAUUUUCCGAAAUAUUAUCAGAUGCUACCGCACACAUGAACACACAUCCGUAUCAGCUAAUAUUCGGUGAUUUAAAUACAAUGUCACGUUCAAUAGCGCGUCUGUCACAUCUCUGUUCUACGGAUCAAUAUCGUAUACUAUCGUUAGGGACGUCAGAGUCUGUGUGGUGGGACAAAUAUUUGUUGUCUUGGCAUGUUUCAGAUGGAGAAUCUAAUUUGUUAUUAGAGUCUCGUGGAUUAGGAUAUUUUAGUUCGUUAUUCAAAAGAAAUAAAAACAAUGUUGCCAGUAAUAGUAGUAGUGAUGAUAAUGAACAAUUAGUCGAGAAUGCAGUUGUGAAGAAAACACUUUCAGGAUUCACGACGAGUGUUUUGCGUGCUGCUCGAAAUCCCGGAUUUUAUGAUCCAUGGAAUCCAGAACGCGAUAUCACGUUACACCUCCCAAAGUAUUUUGGACUUUAUCGUGCAAAACUUGAUUGGACGCUUGUUCGAGGAUUUGACGUGGUGAAAAGGUGGAUGGGAAAUCAUGAUUAUAAUGCAUCAGAUCAUAAGUAUUUGAUGGUUGCGUUGGAGUUUGAUCUUAAUGACAAUGAUAAUGUAGUUGUUGAUUCGGAAGCUGUCGCAAAACAAGUUUGGAGUAGUCGGAGAAAGUAUUGGGCUGAAAGGACUAAGAGAGGUUGGAAAAUCCGAAACGUUAGAGGAGACGAAGAAGACUAUAAUAGCGUAGAAAACGAUGAUGAAAAUGACGAAAAAAAAAGUUGGUUAAGAGUAUUUGACGCACCAGGACUUUCCAAAAAUCCACUUAAUCGCGACUCAUUCCAACCUUUAAAUGAAAGAAUCCCGGGCCCUACUGCUUUAGCAAAAGCCCAGGGUGUCGCUCAAAAUGAGCCACUUCAAAAAGGUGGUCUCGGAUAUAAAACCGAGCUGGAGAAAUUGGUGUUGAAAGCGCGCAGAUAG